AGAUUUUCGAUUCAUACAUAGUUUCCAUCUCUUUUGAUUUAUAAGCUUCACAUUUCCAUUUUUCAAGAAAAAAUGGAGAUGAAAUUGGUGGCGGAGAAGGCAGACCAGACAGUGUACGAAGGGGAAGGGGGAGCCUACUAUGCAUGGUCAACAUCCAAAUCGCCAUUGUUGAUGGAAUCCAAGCUUGCCGCUGGCUGGCUUCUCCUUCAUCCUCUUGGGUUUGCUCUUCCUCACUUUUCUGAUUCCUCCAAACUCGCUUACGUUCUUGAAGGUAAGUGCACAGUUGGAAUGGUGGCACCCAAUAGUUCAGAAGAAACGGUCGUGGUGAUCAAGAAAGGGGAUGUACUUCCAUUGCCGAGGGGAACGGUGUCAUGGUGGUUCAAUGAUGGUGGCAUCGAUUUCACCACCGUAUUCCUGGGUGAAACCACCAAAGGCCAAGUCUCCGGUGAGAUGGGCUACUUCUUCUUGGUCGGAGUUCAAGGGAUACUACAUGGAUUCCAAUCCGAUCUUGUCUCGAAAAUCUUCAACCUCGACACCAAGGAAGCUGAAGAUAUAGUAGGUAGCCAACAAGGAGGUUUGAUCGUUAAACUUAGGAAUGGAAUUGAGUUUCCAAAUCCCAGCGAAGAACAUAUGAAAGAGAAAGUAUAUGCCACCAUUGAUACUCCGGCAGCUGAUGUUGUUGUGGAAGGUGGUGGAAUCAUCAAUUCCUUAACGGAAAAGGAUUUUCCGGUGCUUGUUGGAAUGGGUUUGAGUGCACGAUUUGUGAGGUUGGAAGGUAAGGCUAUACUGGCACCAAGCUAUGUGGCAGAUGGAUCCGUUUCCGUCAAUUAUGUUGCUAAGGGAAGUGGUCGGAUCCGGGUUGUGGGUAAUGAAGGGAAGCCCAGUUUUGAUGGCGAAGUGGGAGAAGGCUACUUGAUCGUUGUUCCUCAAUUCUAUGCUGUAACUGUGAUUGCAGACCAAAGUGGAAUGGAACUCUUUUCACUCAUAACUUCUUCAAAGCCUGUUAUGGAGCAAUUAGCUGGAAAUAUGUCGGUUUGGAAGGCAAUAUCACCAGUGGUUUUACAGUCUGCUUUGAAUAUCAGUCCUCAACUGGAAGAACUCUUCAGAUUGAAGAAUACAACAAGUUUGAUGAUUAUUCCUCCAAGAACCUAAUAUCAAUAUAUAUGGUAUUGAUGGAAGUAUAAAAUUUAUGGAAUAAAAUAAUAAGACCCUCAUACGAGGUCUUAAUUUACAUGGCUAUGAGUUUGGACUCAGCGUUGAUAAGUGUUUGUAUUUUAUUUUAUUUUUAAAAUAAGUUGUUUUUAUUUAGU